UGCUGAUAAAAUAUACAUUUUUUGUCAGGGUCAUCAUCGGCCCAGCUUGCUGUGCGGAAUGAUUAAUCUCCUCUCAAUUGAUUCUCGACUUUGGCGUUAGAGACGUCGGUUGAAAUUAAAAAUAACCCCGUUGUGGCCAUCGAUUAUUAUUAGACGAACUUUCGGGUGCAAGUGAUCGAGUUCACGAGCUCCUAAAGUUGAAGUCGAAAUUUACAUUACAUCCGACCAAAGGGAAAAGUAUUCUUCGCAUUAUAUACGCAAUAAUGAAAACAACAAGGGAUUUUAGUAUUGUGCAAGUGGUCCUUAUACUUGAUUGCACUUGGUUCGUGUUAUAAUUUAAUUGAGGGUAGUUUCCGUUAAAAUCACCCAUUUGAUUAGUCUCACGAUGGAUAGAAUGGAAAUGAUUGAAAGAGGAAAGGCUGAGGCAAUCGCCGAUACAAAGAGAGAUUAAGAGGAGGAUUGGGAGGCGAGGGGAGGACGUCGCGACGUCUUAGAGCUGGCAUUGGUACCGCAGUCUCGAGAUAGCCGUCGAGUUGUUUAUAUCCACCUCCAAUUUAUUCGUGUACUUCGCCUGCUACCUUACCUUAACUCGUGUCAAUAAUUUUUCCCUUUAUUUAUACUAAAUCGUUAUCUGGAAUUUGUGUGAAUACCGUGACAGAAGAGAAGUCGAGAAUAAUGCCCUAAUAAUUUACCAUGGCAUCGAAAGAUUCCCUAACAACAUCUUCAAGUAAACGAAAAAAAGAAUUUUCAUCGGAGGUGAGUCGAGUGUUAAUGAGCGCAAGUACCGUUAGCAAUGAAAAACUGCCGAUCGGAAUCAUCGAUACUGAAGAGCAAAAAGAACUAAUCGCGCAUCAAGCAAAUUCAACAGAUUUAGCAGAAUCUACGUAUGACGACUCAUCUCAGGAUAUUCAUACAAUGGGUGCUUUAUCGCUUCACUCUUUACUGAUUGUAAAUAAAAGAGGAGGAAACUUUGGUUUCGGAGUAGUCGCUAAAAAAUCUGGUGGUAUGCCAGAUUUUUUUAGUCAACUUUGAAUUGUCAUCGUCGGGGGCUGAAGGAAGCUCUCGAUCAUGACGAUGGAUGAACAACUUAGAGAUGAAUACCGCAAUGUUUUCCGAAGUUAAUUUCAUUUGAGAAUGAUAUAACUGUCGAGGAAAUAAAACAGUAAUUGCGGUUGUUA